UUACUAUCUCCGUUUCAAAUUUUGCAACAAUAAACAUUUUUAGCUUACACACUAUUUCAAAAUCGUGAUUGUAUUUUAAAACAUAUAUAAAAUGACAUGUAUACCCUUGAUAUCCUAAAAAAAUACUUUCCUUAAGACGGCCAACACAAUCUCAAGUGUUAUAGAGAGAAGAGAGUAUAACUGUAAUAAGGACCCUCAAAUCCCGGAAAAAUAAAAAUAUAACCCCUCAUAAGAAAAGUCUCCUUAUUUUUUUUUUCUUUCUUUAUAUAUUAAUUUUUUUUUGUAACAGUACCCCAUAUUAAAAAGCUGAAAAGAAGCACCAACAAGAUCCACCUCGAACACCCCUCCUCCACCACCCACCACCACAUUUUCUCUCUCUUUCUCUCCAUAACCAAUUGUUCAAUAAGCAAUUUUUUUUUAUAGCAAAAUUUCUUUUUUUUUUUGAAGAAAUAUAGCAAAAUUUCUGUUUAUUGGGAUUUUAUUUUAUGGAAUUAUCUCAAUUGUCUCCUUUUUAUACAUAUUUCUUCAAUUAUCCUUAAUAAAACUCUCACUAAUCUUCUCCACUUGUUGUUGUGCCCACAAAUAAUUUUCCCACCAAAAUUGAAAUUAAGCCAUACCCAUUUGAGACAAUUAGAUGAAUUUUUUUGGGUAAUUGUUGAAUUUUUUUGGGUAAUUUGAAAUUUUGUUGUUGUUGAAGGUUGUGAAAAGUUCUUGUACCAAAAAAAAUACAUACACAUAUAAAAGAAAAUAAGGGAGAAGAUGAGAGAAGAGGAGUCAAAUUGGUUCUCUAAAUGGGAUGAAGAGUUACCGUCGCCUGAUGAACUGAUUUCUCUUUCUCAAACCCUAAUAACUCCCGAUCUCGCCUCGGCUUUCGAUAUUCAAAGCCCCGGGAGCAACGGGAAUACCCCAAUCUCUAUUCUCCACCACCACGCAACGUCAUCGCCGCAGCUGCUGAGCCAAUACCACCACCAUGGGGGGCAGCAGCAGAGCAGCUCGGCGCCCCAGCCGCCCCCUAACCAACCCAACUCGUCUGAAUUCGACUCGUCCUCAGCCGAGUUGGGCGGGGGCGGUGGGGGUGGUGGUGGAGGAGGCGGGGCCACUUCAGGGGGUGGGGGGAAUGACGAGCCAGCCCGAACCCUGAAGCGGCCCCGCCUCGUGUGGACCCCACAGCUCCACAAGAGAUUCGUGGAUGCUGUGGCCCACUUGGGUAUCAAGAAUGCUGUACCCAAGACUAUAAUGCAGCUGAUGAGUGUUGAUGGUCUUACUAGGGAGAAUGUUGCAAGUCAUCUUCAGAAAUACCGUCUUUACUUGAAAAGAAUGCAAGGUCUCAACAAUGGCGGCGGAGCCGCUGGUGUCAAUGGUGGUGCUGGUGGUCCGAACGGUGGAUCCGGUGAUCCUGCUACUGAUCAUUUGUUCGCGAGCUCACCGGUUCCGGCCCAUUUCUUACACCAAAAUGGGCCCGGUGCUGCUGGUGGUGGUCGGCCCAAUUCAGACCAUUUUAUGCCGUAUAUGCCGGUUGCGGCCCUUAAUCACCAUCAGAUGGCGGCGGCUGUGGUGGGUCAUCAACAGAUUCAGGCCCAAUAUCAGCAUCAUCGACAGUUGGGCCAUUUCGGGUCGGGUCAAGGUGGCGGGCAGUUUGAACAUCCGUUUUUGUCAAGGCAAGCCCAAUUGGGCCCAAGUAGAAAUGGUAUGAUGCAGAGUAAUUCUGGGUUUGUGGAAGAUGUUGAGUCUGGAACAGCCAACAAUGGUGGCAGGAAAGUCCUCACUCUCUUUCCUACUGGAGAAGAUUAAUAAAUCUUAAUUAAAAAAAAA